UCAUUUUUAUAAUAUAAAAUCACUUUAUAACAAAGUUUACAUUGUGUUAAAUAUUCAAUUCGACCCACAUUUGACACGCUACUUAUACCCGGUAUACAGUGUAUAUGCCAAAUAUUAAAACAAGUUUUAAAGUUCUAAAGACACAAAAUUAUUUGUCCCACUUUUAAAUAUAUGUAGUAUACAGCACCAAUACCUCUCAUGGUAUGUCACAUACACACGUCUAAAAUAGCAGCUGCAAUGUAACCAUACUUCCAGAGUCAGUCAAAGGUAUUUCAAGUUAUUGUUAACACUAAUUUAAUUAUGUCGCAUUCGUGAUCAUUAAGCAAUGGUAGAUAGGCCUAUACAUACAUAUUUGCUGGGUAACCAAACAUUUUCCCCGAUAUGUAUCUGUGUCAAUAGUUAGAGGUGUAUGUGAUAUCCUAUAUACACAGUGUACAUACUUACCGUUGUUGUUAAUACGGUAAUGGGGUCAAGUUUUGGUCAUAAGUCGAACAAUUUUAUCAAUGGAUUAUAAAUAGUAUCGCUCCGCCAACCCGUGGCGGGCCCCUGUGACUAACAAUGACGUAGGGCAAGGUCGGACGGCGGGAAGCCGGUGUAUAAAAUGGCAAUGCAGUGUUUAUCCAAGCUUUAAAACGUUUCAACCGGGAGAGAGGGAAAGGACUGGGGAAGUGGUUCCUUGUGAUGUCCGUGUAGUUAUACAAAGGACAGAAGCUAGACAAAAUGGAUAGCAAUCUGCUUAACAUCGGCAGAACAUGGAUGUUUAUUAAUGAAAGUCUAGCAGACGGACUUCUGCUGUGGAAUACAAGCGGCAGGAGCAGCGGUCGUAUACUGCAGGCAAUCUGGGAUUUACGGCUAGGCAGGGAGGAAUUCCUUCGCUCUCCCCUCUUCCCGGUUUUUCUCUCUGUUGUCUUCUACUUCAGUUUCUGCACACCAUUUAUGAUUAUUGACUUAAUCGGGAAAAAAUGGACAUGGAUGCAAAGUUUUAAAUUACAGACGAACAAAGAUGUAACACUUUCGCAAAUUUUCGAUACUUUGGGUUUGACAUUUUGGAACCACAUUGUGUACAUCCUCCCUGCCGCCGUAUCCCAGUGGAUAUGGACACCGGAUACAGAACUACCCGAACUGGCUCCCAGUAUGUUUGAAUUCGUAUGGCAUCAAAUAGCCAGUUUGUUGGUUUUCGACUUUCAAUACUUCGUCUGGCACUGGAGUCACCACCGUUUCCGGUUCCUCUACAAGCAUAUCCAUGCAGUGCACCACCGGUACCACAGCCCAUUUUGCUGGGUGACCCAAUAUCUGCACCCUUGGGAGCUGAUAACCGUAGGAUUUCUCACAACCACCAACACUUGGUUCUUCAACUGUCAUCCUCUCACGAUUUGGUCUUACAUGAUUGUGAGUAUCAUUGUAAGUGUUGAGGCCCACAUCGGCUUUGAUUUUCCAUUUUGUCUCCACAACUGGUUUCCUUUCGGGGUUAUCGGCGGUGCCCCAAAACACGACAUGCACCACCUUAAGCCUAUGACCAAUUUCCAGCCAUUCUUCAAUCAUUGGGAUAAACUGUUUGCCACGUUUUGUCCAGCCAUGCAAGCAGGAGGGGUCAAGCCAAAAACGCUCUUGGAGUAUGAACAUAAGCACAAGGAGACCAAGAAAAUAAUGUAGAACAUUUUUUACCAAAGGUAUAUAUAUACUUUUCGCAGUAUUGAGAAUUACUUUUAAAUGUUUUCAUUAGUUCUUAUUCAGUUAUUUAUCUUCUUAGCCGAUUGAUUUGUUAAAUGUGUAGUAAGGAUAUAACGUUAUGACACAUUCUUCCGAGCACCUGUCGCCUAUUGUCGGUUCGACAUUGUGUAUCAGUUCAGCACUGCUGAACAUAGUGUUGUUACCGUAAUGUAUAGGGGUGUCACCGAGACUAUCUAAUACAUUACUCUAGAAAAAGAUUAACAUUAUGUAAGCUUCCGGUAUUGCUAACAUUUUGUUUUCUAUGCAAUCGAUCGUGUAUAGUAAAAAGCUUAUCUGGAUCAUUGUAGAAAAUUCUGACCAUCAGUGUAGCUGAGUCAUACGACUUUCUGAAUAUCAAAUUAAACCCUAAUGCCCAUUUUCGUUGAGUUACACAGUAAUUAUGAUGCAUAGCUGUAUCGCACAUGGUUUUACGUGCAUGCGAGUGUGUGGAUGUAUUGAUCGCGACAAGGUGCACGAAGACAUGGCACCAAAUCUUUCCCUAUAUAUGUAAAUCGGUCGGUAAUCAAUGUCAAAACCAAAAUUUAUCUGAUACGGUGUUUCGGUUUGGUUCACUUUGUCACAACAUUGCUGUGUUUAACAUCUCUUCGCAGAAACCGUUAUUGUUAUAAUUACACGGACUUCGCCUAUAAAGGAAAUUUUCAUGGAGGAACUAUUAUAAAGCGCUAAAAGCACUUGUAGGGUUUCAAGAAUUAUUUUGGGUGAAAUUUUGGAAUAUUUCAACAUCAUUUUUUCUGAAAAUGAGUUUUCGAAACUUACUUUUAUUAUAGGAAAAUCCCAUCCGGUUAAGUCUGUACAAUACUGUACUCCACACACUAAGAAGUGAGUACACACACUCGCACACCUGCCCGCCUAUGACCCAGAUACGUAAUGAUGUUACUGCCGUGAAUCUCGCUAUUGAUAAGCUUGUUAUCGAAAAAAAAAUGUCAAGUAUUAACGGGAAACUGUCAGAAAUGGAUAACAAAGGGCAUGUUACUACCCAGUAUGACGUCAGCAAUGUGUACAUGUGUUGAUACACAACUACAAGGGAUAGAGCAAUGCCAGACCAUGUGUAUGGGAGGUAACUCUCAUUCACAACCUUACUUUGUACCUAUUGUUUCAGAAUUCAAACAAGCCCGAAAAACUCAGCUAUAUGACAUAUGAUCAGUUCACCAAACCCCCGUAUCCCACAAUACUGUCAAUAGAUAGAACUGUUUGUUGCCUGGCUAAGUAAAAGUAAUAUCUUGGUGUUAAUUGAAUUUGGGCAAUGCCAAACUGGCAGUGAGGCUCUGUAGUAAGUUAUUUAUCGAGACUCCUGACACAUGAUUAUGUUGGUUAAUUUUACAGUUCUACACCGCGAAAUAUGUUAAUUAUAUGUUUAAAUAUUGUUGUAUAAAGACCCCAGGCGUAUUUCGACCGGAUACAGUAGGCGACACGGUGACUCGUUGUUUAGUGUACAUGUGUAUCGUGUUUUGUAAUCAAUGGCGAACUGUGAUGAUUUUCAGUUUUUCGUUCGGUCAGGCACUCGGUGAUGACGAUUCGUAGUUCUACCCAUGUAGUUCUCAUCUUAAAAAUAUAUGUGUAUGCAAACAAAAUAUUUUUUCACGUGUAAAAUCCAGAUGUGAUGUAAAGUUUAAUUCAGUAUUAAGGACUUCGGAGGUUCUGGACUGUAUAACCCUACCCACAGGGACUUAUGACACAAAUUCGGGUACGAAUCCCGACCCCACAGCCUCUGUGUCUGACAGCUAGGGCCUCCAAGUCAACUAGUCAUUCCAUGCAUGUUUAUAUUUAUAAGUUUUACUAUAUUGAUAUUUAAAUUAUUUUUGUUUCAUGUUCGUGACCAUAUAUAUGUUAGUUUGUUGAUUUUACUAGGAAAAAUGAAAAGGUUAAAAUAGUUUCAUUUAUUUCCAAAAUUGUUAAGAAAAGAGUUUUAACUUGAUAACGUCUGUAAAAAGAGAUGUUGCGAUGCCUGGUUUAGCGGUAUACUUGCGAGAUGUGCAGUCGUUUCUAAUUCUAAAAUGAUCCUGAUCAUUUUGAAAUCUCGCCCAGAGCUAUACAAAACGUUACGCAUUUCUUACAUUUCUCUAUAGUUUCUUUCCAAAAUUUCCUAGUUAUGCUAUGGUACCUUAUACAAUACGAAACCUUUCUCAAGAUUCUAUCUUCUCGUAUAGACUUUAGUUGUUGUUCUUUAAAAGUGAGAAGUAAUUUUUAGAACGAUAACUCUGUUAAAAAAUCUAAGUAAAAUUACCUUUGAACUAUAGUCUGUACUCAUAUAUCUAUCCUCCAAUCGAAACCAAGUGAAUAGGUUAUACCUCAUCGAAUAAUUCAUUUCUUGACAUCUUGUCUGAGAGCUGAUAGCAUAUUAAUUAGAUGUAUGUUAUUCCGUAAAAUUUCUUAUCGAUUAAUAAGUUUUGAAGGAAGUCUCGGAUUAGAGCAAUACUAUUUGAUGACACUAUAGGCAGAAAUCUUUCUCAUUUCUAUACGGGAGGAGCGAGGAAUCCUUCACUUGUUUGUAGAACUAAUGUGCAUAUCAAAGUAGUCCUCAAUACUGCCAGACGAAAGGCGAUCUCUCCCAGAGUGCAUUGCGACCCUUCAUAACAGCACGCUUGCGCAAGGAACCCUGGGAGAGAUAAAGACGGAAGGAAAAUUGAAGCUGAUAACAACUUCGGAGAAAAUCCGACCACAUCUAAAAAGGUGUCUUGUAUUAUAACUAGUAAUAUGAUGCAGAAUAGAUUAAUAACCUCUCCCUUCAUCUUAGUUCUAACUUUUACUUACCUUGACCGACUUUACCAUCAAGGCAUAUCUAACAUCUCAUAAAUUUCACUUGUACCUUUUACCAUUUUUUAAUUACGUAUUUUUCAAAAAGAUUUUUUCUUAGAAAAUACUACAUUAAUUCUAAAACAAUUUUAAAAUGCCGUACUGUUUACAGGCCAAUGAUAUAUAUUUCAUUCUUUUUUGUUUUGUAAAUUAAUGGUUAUAAUAAUAUUAAUUGGAUUUUAAGCUAAUGUACUGCUCGUUUUAUAUAUCUUACGUCCAUAGUGGUUUUUGCUGUGUUUAUUUACAUUUUUCAGAAAAUACUGUUUUGUGUUAAACAAAUUUUGUGACAUUUAGAGAAUAUCGUUUUAUUUUAUGUAGAUUUUGCUAUGUGUGUUGUUAAGGCCAUUUGAAUGUUUGAUAGAAAUUUUUCCAUCAUGCUCAGGUUUAAAAUUUAUUUAUUAAUCAAAAUUGUAAAAAAGCAAUACAUGACCUGUAAAUGUGUGUGUGUGUGUGUGUGUGUGUGAGCAACAGUGAACAAAGUUCAUGAACAGAUUGUCUUCACUUUUAAAAAUCACAGUCUUGAGCAAGUCUAUUUCAGGUCGAGGCUUGUGAGUUCAAUAUUAUUUAUGAAGUUAUAUAUUUUGAAUUGUCAUUGUACUAGAAAACAUUUUUAAAGCGUUAUAUACCAACGUGUAAUUGAAGUGUAUGUCAAAAACAACUUUCUAAUACAUUAUGCUGCCUGCAUUUAUGAAAAGUUUUCAAAAUUAUGGCGAAAAUAUGAACAUGUUAAACAGGAAUGACAACAAACGAACAAUACAUCCGUCGUUUAUGAAAAUGUUUAUAAAUUAUAGAACAUGUGAUACCCUAUCAGAAAAUGUAUGUUAGAGCGUGUGUCAGGUGGUAUAGAUCUAAACAUCUGCCGUGUAUUAUAUAUUAUUAACAUGUACCAUUGUCAUUAUUGAGGAUAUCGUAUAGGGUGUGAACCGUUGGGGUUAUUGUGCUUGAAGUAGAGUCAAAAUAGAAGCGGAAGAAAUUGAGCGGAACGAAACUGGUUUCGUUUCGUUCUUCACCGUUUGUUUCCAUUUCGACCCUAUUUUUAGAUUUAACCAUGUUAAUGUACGUAUAUAUCCGGUUAACGUGUUAUCUAAUAGUCCGAAUAUCCAAGAUAGGCUCCUUUGGAAGCAAGUGUGUGUCACAAACGUUUUUCCUCACAAUUACGGUUAUACAAAAAGAAGCCGUUCCUCUGCUGCAAAUUUAGAGGGAACUUAUAAAAAUUGGAAUUAAGGAAAUUGUCGAAAUUUCCCCCCUCGUUUCCAACAUUUCGAUAUACAGCGUCGGAUAAGAAAACUAUCACUUGGUAAUGCAUUGGAUAUAAACCUGUUUUCAUCCGUUCAGAUGUGCCUUAGAUAUAUAUAGCUUAAUCCGCAUUAAGCCGCCAUUAGCUUGCCUCAGUCCAACAAUAUAGUAAAGAUCCACCAGGAUCAAUUACGGUAUUAGAUAUACAGUUACAGGAUAUUCGGACUACAUUGUGUAUAUUAACUUUUGAACGCCUUUAUUUUUACAAAGUUCCAUUGUCAUCUUAUAUGAAAUGAUUGCCUUUAAGAAACCUUCGAUGAAUUUCAAUGUCAUCUCAAACACACAAAGUUAAUAAAACACACCGUGACUGAUACAGAUUGUUAAAACAAAUAAAUGACGUCACGCUGUACAUGACGUCACGGUUACAAGAAGCAAUUUCAUUGCGAUCUAACAGCGACGCAGUGUGAUUUUGGUAAUUUCAUACGAGGCAAUGUGUAUGUAAAUAUAGAAAAUGAACAUAUCAUAUUUCGCUUAUUGGCGAUCGGUUAAUGAAAAAUGUCUGAAAUCUGUAAAUGUGAGAUGCCAACAAGGACUUGGCACACAUUUCCUACCCACAGUUCAUAUGUAUGCAUCAUAUUAUCAUAAUAGGAACCAACUGUACGUUAGGAAUCUGUGCCAGGUCCCUGUGGAUAUGCCGUAUCUGUCAGGGCAAGUAAGAUUGUUACUAACAAAGAAAAGAGAAGUUUAAUUCUUUAAGUGCUAAUAUUUAUAUCUAUGUAUAUCAAUAUUUACAUUACACGUGUACCGCCGCCUGGUCUGGCACAGGGAGCCAACUCUGUGUCAAAUGACGUCACCUAGUAAUGACGCGUCAUCAAGUGACGCCGAUGUGACGGUACGUUUAAGACACGGCGGUCACGUGGUAUCGAGACCGUCACGGACCACACACAACUCUUUCACAAUGACGUCCCAAUGUCGGGCACUGACGUGAAAUAGCGGUCGUGACGUGUUGAUAUCGUUUGUUAAUGGAUCACAGAAUAUUUUACCAUAACAUGCAAUGUUUAAUAUGUAAAGGCAUACGUGAUGUCGGUCGUGUGGCUGUGCUUUAUAAAACACGCCCAGGAACGGCAUCGAUACUCUCCUUUUACAAUGACGUGCCUUGCCCCUAAACCAGGGCACCGACGAGAAGGGGAGGUAAUAUGCUGUAUAGGUGAUGUUUAAUUGAAAUUGUAUGACAUAAUUUGUCAGUGAUGACUACUUGUAACCUUUGUAAAGCUUUCGUACAAUAUAUGCUUUGUUUACCAGUAAUGGUAUUUCCUGUAGAAAAAAUCAGGCACGCAAGACCAAGACGUAGGCCGAGAUUUAUCCGGUCAAAAUGCCAGAUAUUUAAACUAUGGUGUUGAGACCAGAAGAAAAUCCAGCUAGUUUAAACGUAGAUAAUCUAAUGACUCAAGGAAAAUGAUUCAUUAAUGGAUACAGACCUCAUAAAUUAUUGACAUCAGCAAGAAAUUCACUGUAAUAUACAGAGCCAGAUUUGUCUCAAGUCGGUUGGCAAUGAUUCAAGUGAAGAAAAAAAUCCAUACACAAGCAAUAAUAGAACAUAUACAAUACAGCUUUCUUCCAUUAACUCUAUUGGCCACUGAUAACACGUACUGUGGUCCAGGUAUUUAAACUUUAAAUAUGAAGUCAGCUGAGAAUUAUACUGCCAGCCGACCUGUUGAAACAAAUCCUAGCGCACGUGCUAGUAUUGUGAAAUAUCCGGGAGUUUUUCGAUCCUUUCUAAUCGAAAAUUUCAGUUAAGUUGUCACUUCCUUGAUUUAUCUGUCUUUAAGAGAUCUGUACAUGUUGUUACGAACGUGUUUUCCUGUGAGGGGUUAGUUUCCUUGACGACGGGUUAUCUGCGCAUGCGUAACUGAUACGUUGUAUUGUAAUGCAUUGUACUUGAAUUUACAUUUUAUUAUACAUCACGUUUCCCUAUAUGACGGUUCAGGAUUAUAAUAACUUUGAUUCCUAUUGUCUCACUAAACGCUCAUUAGAAAACAAUAACGACCGUUAAGUCUAAAAUAUUCAUAACUAAGACAAUGUUAUGAGAACGAUUGUAGCAAGAGCAAAAAGGUCUAUGCAAUUGCAGCUACAUUUGUAUGUCACGUUUGCUAUGUUGAGCUGGUAAAAAUGACUUCUUACCAAUAAGAAUGAUUUGCCAUUGUGAUUAGAUUUACUGGAUGAUCUUGGUUAAUAAACGCUUGAACUAAU